CACUAUAACGGCAGCAACCAAACCUAGCACACAGUUCCAGAGGCUGCGGAUCGAGGAAACGAGUUGAACCGGGUGGUUGAUCUAACCCUUCCAUCCACGACCACUCUACCUGUGUCCUCCCCUACCGUCCGCCAUUGUUGCCUCUGCCGCCGCUCAACCACGCCUAUACGAAUAGUCCUGAAAGUGGCAUAUAAUAAAAGAAGAGAAGAGAGGAUCUUGACAGCAAUGGCAGAAUCUGCAAAAACCCUGACCAUUGCCAAAUGUUUAAAUGGAGAUUGGACAGUUGUUUUACCCCGUCGUGGAAGACAGAGGAAACACUUGCCAAGAAUUAGAUCUGUGGAACAGCAACAAUCAUGGGCUCCAACUGAUCUUGAAACCAAUCCUAUCAGAACAUCUAAAUUAAUGCAGAAGAUGCAGAUCUGCAUUAAGAAAAUUGAGAGCUCUCCAUUCCACCGUAUUUUACUGGAUCAAAUCCAAACUCCAGAAAUCUUGCACUGCUUGCAUAGGGUCCUAGGCUCAGAGUCAAAGAUGCAAAUGGUGAUUUAUGGCAUAGGCAGCAUCGAAUCAUAUGAAGCCCCUCGACUGCAGCUUAGCCUUGCAAUCUUGAUGAAGAAAAAGUUGAGUUGGAUUGGAGAUAUUGAGGUUUUCGACCCUAUUCUUUCUGCUACAGAAUCUCAGGUAUUGGAAGCUCUAGGUUGUUCUGUUCUAUCAGUAAAUGAGCAAGGACAUCGACGUGCUCUUAAGCCAACAAUAUUCUUUAUGCCACACUGUGAGGCAGAGUUGUAUGACAAUCUAUUGCAUGCAAAUUGGGGAGUGGAGCUACUGAAUAGGGUAGUCUUGUUUGGAAAUAGCUUUGAGACGUAUGAGCAGCAUGUUUCAGAGUUCAAGCACUCAGCUGUUGUUGAUUCAGCAAGGCAUAUCUUGGCCAUUCGUCCAUUUACAAAGGAGUUUAAAAUCAAGACAGUUUCAGAUGAUUAUUUUGGUGCUUUCCAUGAUUCAAGUUGGCAUUUUUUCAGCCCUGCCCUUGACACAGAGCUGCAGUUCAUCAAAAUUUGAUGAAAAUAUCCUAGUGGUUUCAGUAAUUGGUUGAAGAUUGAAGCAUAUACACCCACACACACACACACACACACACACAUAUAUAUGUAUACAAAUUUUCUCUUGGAAUGAAUAUUAUCAUAAUUAUUAUUAUCGGAAUGCAUGUAGAAUGGGUUGUUUGUUGCAGUUGCUUGGUUUGGGGACCUAAACAACCCAAUAUUUAAGUCCGAAUAGCAGUAGCUACCUCUCUUUAAAACACCUACUACCAUUAUGUAAAUUUGUAAUAUUAUUGUUGCCAUCUUUCUUCGCAA